AUGAGCAUAGAUGUGAAACAUGAAGAACAAAUAUCGGAAAAUAUAAAAGAUGCUAGCUUAAUUAUGCUUGAAAACAAAAUAACAACAUCAUAUAGAAAUAACAUUCAUAGUCAUAGCAUCAUGAAGGAUACAAAACUGAACCCAAACACCGGCAAUCGUCAUUUGAACACACAGAUUGCUUUGCCUCGAGGACUUUUACAGCCUUUUGGUCUUUAG